AAAAACUUUUCCUUACAAUUAAUGACAGCACCAUCACCAUUUCGGGUUCACAUUGCUGUCAAAUUAACCUCAUUAACAUCAUCAGUCAUAGCACCUACUUUCUCUUCCUUUUUUAAUGUUUGAUUUGAUAUAUAGCGUUGAAUCCUUAAACUAAUAUGCCAUUGCUUCUCCAAAGGGUCAUCCAUAGUUCCAUUCAUAUGCCCACAUAACAAUCCAAGGUGAGAGGACCACGUAUGAAAUCAGAUACCAACAUGAAAAUUUUGCUUUCUUUCAUUUGAUGCCACAAAAGGGGGGGAUAAAAUUUGAUUUCUUUUCGAAAUUUGAGCGAACAUGAUGCAAUUCCAUCGUUCCCUAAGAGCACAACCAGUGCCAACACCUAUUAUACCUGAGAAGACCACAGAGGAGCCUUUGCCUAGCAAAGUUGCACAAAGCACCGUGACAUGUUUCUACCAAGCCAAUGUUGUGGGCUUUUGGCGGAAUGUAUCGAUUUUGUGGUGCAAACAUCUCAUGAACCAUUCCUUGCAUGUCACAGUUGAUAGUGUAGGAGGUGAGGUGCAAUAUAGCUGCAAGAUUGACGUGAAGCCGUGGCACUUUUGGAGCAAAAAAGGGUACAAAACCUUUGAGGUUGAUGGCAACCAGGUUGAGCUCUAUUGGGAUCUCCGGUCGGCUAAAUUCGCCGGCUCCCCUGAGCCGAGCAGCGAUUACUACGUGGCCUUAGUCUCUGAUGAAGAGGUUGUGUUGUUGUUGGGAGACUACAAGAAGAAGGCUUACAAGAGAACAAAAUCAAGACCUGCCCUUGUUGAUGCCAUGUUGUUGGUCAAGAAAGAAAACGUGUUCGCCAAGAAAAGUUUCUCUACGAAGGCACGGUUCGAUGAGAAGAGAAAAGACAAUGAGAUUGUUGUGGACAGCUUAACUGGGGGUCCUAGUGACCCUGAGAUGUGGAUUAGCAUAGAUGGAAUUGUGCUGAUUCAUGUCAAGAACUUGCAGUGGAAGUUUAGGGGGAACCAAACAGUGAUGGUUAACAAGCAACCUGUGCAAGUGUUUUGGGAUGUGCAUGAUUGGUUGUUUAGUGGAUCAGGCUCAGGGCCUGGCCUUUUCAUCUUCAAGCCAGGGCCUCCAGAAGCUGAGAGUGAGAAAGAAGGUAGUGCUGUGGAGGGUUGUGAGAGUGAUGAUGGCAGUGUUGGAUAUUUUUCAACUAUGAAUAUUGCUACUUUUGAAUUCUGCCUCGUUCUCUAUGCCUACAAAAUUGAGUAAUAGAGAAGAAAGAGCAAGUGUAUGAUAGUUGAGGCCAAAGAGUAGCAAGAUUGUAAAGUUAGUUGUAUUUUUUUUUUAUGCUUGUGGAUGUAUUAAUUCUAUUGUGAAGCCAA